AGCACUCCGACGGUCAUCACAGCAGACGCCAUUCUCAGAGGGCGAGACCCUUUCUCCUCACCGCCGGCCACGUUCUAUACCACCCAUCCCUCCCCUCCAGCUCAAUCUUGCCCUUCAUCGCCGUAUACAUCCACCUCACUCCACCCGGCGGCUGAAACCUACCCCUCGUCUCAGACCCAUCGUCAUUCGUUUCGAGGUGUAGAACCCACAUUCCAACUCCGAACUCUCCAUUCCCAACACCUCAGCUCCCAUUUUUCAAGAAAGCCAAGGACAGACGAAGAGAAUUACGGGGCUAUGGGGAUCUCUUUUGGUUCAUUCGAUGGCGUCUGCGGCACCGCUGCCCUCGUCAUAUGCCCCCUCCUAGGCGGGUCAGGACAGGGCAUCGAGCCGUCGUGCUAUAGUAGAAACGUCCAGAUUGGCUCGACACUCAUUUUCCAGCCUUCAACAAGCUUCGUGCACAUCGUUGCCAUUAUCAUGACCGCCAUUAUGAUCUACCACAUCCGGGGCAAGUACACCGCUGUCGGACGGAAGGAGAUUGUCAUGUUCUUCUGGAUGUACAUGCUUAUCGAGCUACUUGCACUGUUCCUCGACUCCGGCGUCAUCCCGACCGCUAACGCGAGUUAUCCAUGGUUUGCAGCAGUAUAUACCGGCCUAAUCGCAUCGGCGUAUUGCUGUCUCCUCAUCAACGCUUUCGUGGGCUUCCAGUUCGCCGAGGACGGCACGCCCGUCUCUCUAUGGAUCCUCCGGAUAUCCUGCCUCGUCGUGUUCGCCAUCGGCAUGUUCGUCUCCAUCGCCACCUUCAAGACCUUUGCCUCCUUCUCGCCCCUGAAGCCCACAGCGCUCUUCAUCAUCUACCUCAUCUGGCCUAUCGUCUGCGUUGUCGUCUACGUCGUCUCGCAGCUCGUCCUCGUCUUCCGCACGCUGGAGGACCGCUGGCCGAUCGGCGACAUUCUCUUCGGCAUCGCGUUCUACGUGAUCGCGCAGGUCCUCCUCUUCGCGUUCAGCGUCACCAUCUGCGACGCCGUCAAGCACUACCUCGACGGGCUGUUCUUCUUCACACUGUGCGUACUGCUUAGCGUGAUGAUGGUGUACAAGUACUGGGAUAGUAUCACGCGCGAAGACCUUGAAUUCUCCGUCGGCUCCAAGGCCGCCGUGUGGGAGGUCAAGGACCCUCUGCUCGCGGGCGCAAGCGAGUUCGAGGAGGACACUACAAGCAACUACCAUGGUGGUGCGCCCGCGAGCCUCGUUGGCGGCGUCGGCGGCCAGCAGAUAUAUGGCUCAGCUGGCAGCAAGGCCGGCUACGCGCGGGCGUACCCUCCCUCAAACGAGCGGUAUUAGAUUGUUGGGCGCUUGGCGCUGCCGUUAUGUGAUCGCGAAAACGGACGGUGGACGUGGAUGUGGCUGCAAAUGGACAUUUUUAAUUUUUCUUCAUAAUCGUUGCUGCUGUUUUUGAUUCUGGCUGGUGAUGGGAGUAGCUUGGAUUCUGCACGGACGAUGAUGCACUUCUCUGGAUCACGGAUGGACGAUGUAGCGCGGAUGCGGAUUCAGAUGAUUGACACGAAGAUGAUGUUUGGCUCGGGUUGUUUCUCGGGGGACAGAUGACGGACUGACUGUGGCCGUAUCUACGCCUAUUUUUAUUUCCUCAGGACCAUGCGGCAGCUUGCAGGCACACGCUCCCUCUGCCCGGUCAUGAUGGGGUUUCCUCUCGUUAGUAGUUAUACAUAGCCUCGUAUGCAUACACAUAUCUUGUUCUGGUAAUCGGGCAUUCAUUCCUUCUUUCCUCCUUUUUGUGUGCUGUUUUGUUGAUAGUUUUAGCGUGGAUGAUUCCAUGCAAUUUACUUGAUCGUCUCCAUGUCAUGGCGAAAAUACAU